AUGCAACUAGCAAUCAAUGCCAUCCUUUUCGUUGUCGCAUUUUCAAUAUUAUCUGAUAUAAUACGAUUCCAAAGAACUAUCAACCAUCUCAUAAAGAAGCUGAGAUCCGCAACGAACGAUUUCAGACUUAGAAAAUCACCAUCGAAACGGGAUGCGGUUGCCUUAACCUUAAGACUAUUGCCAACUUCACAUGCGGAGCUUUUGACAAGAGAUGAUGUCGAAGUUCUAUUCGACGAGAAUACUUGGCAGGGACUUGCAUAUCAUGAUUUCAAAAGCACAAUAUUAGCCAAGGGGAACGGCAUGAAAACGUUUCCAUGCGUAUAUGCAACGAUGGGCUAUCGAUCAGGAGAUCAUCGUUUUGUGUUCCUCGACUCAGAUAACCCAUCGGAACCACGUAAUGUACGCAAGAUAGCGCUGGCUCUCACCAAUUACCUACGUAUCUCAACUUCGUUGGGUCCAAACACAUCCCUUGUCAUUAUCAGCGCACCUUCUGAGAAGGAACGCACUGUCGAAGAGCACAAUCGAACUUUCUGGGACAUGCUUCGAGGCCUUCGUAUUUGCGAUCCGAAAGCUUGGCCACACGACAUCCCACAAGACACAGAGGAUGCGAAAUGGACUUUCUGUUUCAAUGGAGAGCCAGUGUUCCCGGUCAUGUUGACACCGGCCCAUCAAGAACGCUGGAGCAGGCAUAUGAGUGUGCCAUUAAUUGCCCUGCAGCCGAAAUGGGUCCUGGACAAACUUCUUCAAACUCCUGAAAAACGAAUGGCUGCACAAAACAAAGUUCGAAACCUCUUGCAGAAGUACGAUACAAUAAGCAUUAGCCCAGACUUGACAGACUACGGUGCGGCUGGCACAAGCGAGAUUCGCCAGUUAUGCCUACAGGAUAAAAAUGAGUCUGUUCAGUGUCCAUACCACAACUUUGACAGCUGA